UGUGCUGGUCGCAUCGAGCUGGCGGGCGCUUCGGACUGACUGACUGACUGAUGCUCGCUAUGUUCUCCGCUGUGUGCGCGCGUGUGUGUCCGCGCUGCGCACCGCCGUUCGUCCGCCGAUGCUGAUAUGAGCGCUUCAGCGGCGCCUCGUCUUCCUCCUGCCCGAGCUGGAUGUCUAUACUCGUCCGUGAUCGGCGUCAAGAACUCGGCAUUAACACGGAAUUAACGGAGGACCACGCCGCCAUGGGCAAAUCCGAGCAAGUCUGGCUCUGGCUCGUUUUCGCUGGGCUCAUCACAGCCACCAGCGGUCAAUCAUGUGGUGGUUUGGUACAAGGCCUGAAUGGAACCAUUGAGAGUCCUGGCUUUCCCCACGGUUAUCCUAACUAUGCCAACUGCACAUGGAUCAUAGUGACGGGAGAAAGAAACCGGAUACAGCUGUCCUUCCACACCUUUGCUCUGGAGGAAGACUUUGACAUCGUCUCCAUUUACGAUGGGCAGCCACAGCCAGCCAACCUAAAAAUGAGGUUGUCUGGAUUCAUGUUGCCAUCACCAAUAGUGAGUACAGGGUCUGUAAUGGCACUCUGGUUCACCACAGACUUUGCUGUUAGUGCACAAGGAUUUAAAGCAAUCUAUGAAGUGCUGCCUAGCCACACAUGUGGAAAUCCAGGAUUAAUACCAAGAGGAAUCAUCCAUGGGACAAGGUAUAAUGUCGGGGACAAAAUCCGCUACAGCUGCGUGAUGGGAUAUGUUCUGGAGGGACAUGCUGUUCUCACGUGCAUUGUGAGCCCAGGGAGUGGUGCAUCGUGGGACUUUCCAGCACCAUUCUGUAGAGCUGAAGGAACAUGUGGUGGCACAUUAAGAGGGACAACAGGGACAAUAUCCAGUCCUCACUUUCCCUCGGAAUAUGAGAACAAUGCAGACUGCACGUGGAGCAUUUUGGCUGAACCCGGAGACACCAUAGCCCUGGUGUUCACUGACUUCCAGCUUGAGGACAGAUAUGACUUUCUGGAGAUCAGCGGCACAGAAGCUCCAUCAAUAUGGCUCACUGGCAUGAAUUUGCCAUCACCUGUUAUCAGCAGCAAGAAUUGGCUGCGGCUACAUUUUACAUCUGACAGCAACCAUCGACGGGAAGGAUUUAGUGCCCAGUACCAAGUGAAGAAGGCCAUUGAGCUGAAAUCCAGAGGAGUGAAAAUGCUUCCGAACAAGGACACAAGCCACAAAAAUGCUGUCUUGAGCCAGGGUGGAUUAGCUGUAGACGUAUGUCCAGAUCCAGGCAUUCCAGAGAAUGGCAAAUGGAUUGGCUCCAGCUUCCAUGUGGGAGCCAGCAUCCAGUUCUCCUGUGAUGACAGCUAUGUGCUGCAGGGAUCAAAGAGCAUCACUUGCCAGAGAGUGACAGAGACCCUGGCCGCCUGGAGUGACCACAGGCCGAUCUGUCGGACAAGAACAUGUGGAUCAAACCUGCGAGGUCCCAAAGGUGUCAUCACAUCUCCGAACUACCCUGUCCAGUACGAGAACAAUGCUCACUGUGUGUGGGUCAUCACAGCAGUAGAUCCUGAAAAGGUCAUCAAAUUAGCCUUUGAGGAGUUUGACCUUGAGCGAGCCUAUGACACGUUAACAGUGGGCGAUGGGGGAAAAAUCGGUGAUGCCAGAAGAGUGCUCUAUGUGCUGACGGGCUCCAGUGUGCCUGAUUUGAUUGUGAGUAUGAGCAACCAGAUGUGGCUGCAUCUCCAGUCUGACGACACCAUCGGUUCACAGGGUUUCAAGGCAAUAUAUGAAGAGAUCCAUAAAGGAGGCUGUGGAGACCCAGGAGUUCCAGCCUAUGGCAGGCGAAUGGGAGACAGUUUUCUGCACGGUGACGUGCUGACCUUUGAGUGUCAGGCUGCCUUCGAGCUGGUCGGCGAGAGAACCAUAUCUUGCCAGCAAAAUAACCAGUGGUCUGGAAACAAACCCAGCUGUGUCUUCUCCUGCUUCUUCAAUUUCACCGCCCCAUCAGGCAUCAUCCUAUCACCCAACUACCCAGAAGAGUACGGCAACAAUCUAAACUGUGUGUGGCUCAUCAUAGCUGAGCCGGGCAAUCGGAUUCAUCUAAUUUUCAGCGACUUUGACGUGGAGCCUCAGUUCGACUAUCUCAUAGUGAAGGAUGACGGGAUACCCGAGCCCACCACAUUUGGCACUUUUUCCGGAAAGGAUGUGCCCUCGCAGAUUGCCAGUAAUGGCAAUAUCAUGCGCCUGGAGUUUCAGUCAGAUCAUUCCAACACUGGCAAAGGCUUCAAUAUUACCUACACAACUUUUGGCCAGAAUGAAUGCCAUGACCCUAGCAUCCCCAUUAACGGGCAGCGCUUUGGAGAGCAUUUCCUAUUGGGGAGCUCAGUUCUCUUCACGUGUGAUGAGGGCUUCAUCAAAACCCAUGGCUCGGAAUCCAUUACCUGCAUCAUCCAGGAUGGCAACGUAGUGUGGAAUGCGGCUGUACCACGCUGUGAAGCUCCCUGUGGUGGGCACCUAACAGCUCCAGUGGGGGUUCUGCUGUCCCCGGGUUGGCCUGGCUACUACAAAGACUCUCUUAACUGUGAAUGGGUGAUCGAGGCCAGGAAAGAUCAUGCCAUCAAGAUCUCUUUUGACAGGUUUCAGACGGAGGUUAAUUACGACACAUUGGAGGUGCGGGACGGGCCAUCUAAUUCAUCUCCUCUGAUUGGCGAGUACCACGGCACCCAGGCGCCUCACUUCCUCAUCAGCAAUGGAAAUUCCAUGUACCUUUUGUUCACCACAGACAACAGCCGCUCCAGUGAGGGCUUCCAGAUCCGCUACGAGAGCAUUAUGAUGGAGAGUGAUUCAUGCUUGGAUCCAGGAAUCCCUGUGAAUGGCAAGAGGCACGGCGACAACUUUGCCAUUGGCUCCCGGGUGACGUUCAGCUGUGAUCAGGGUUACACGCUGAGCGAUGACGAACCUAUUGUGUGCGAAAGGAACCAUCAGUGGAAUCAUGCUCUGCCCAGCUGUGAUGCUUUGUGUGGUGGUUAUGUCUAUGGAAAGACUGGAACUAUACUUUCCCCUGGAUUUCCGGAUUUCUACCCAAACUCACUGAACUGCACAUGGACCAUAGAAGUCUCUCAUGGGAAAGGGGUGCAGCUGGUUUUUCACACAUUCCACCUGGAGGAUUCGCACGAUUACCUGCUCAUUAUGGAGGAUGGUAGCUUCAGCGAACCCGUGGCUCGCCUCACCGGCUCUGUGCUGCCUCCUUCCAUCAAGGCCGGCCUGUUCGGAAACUUCAGUGCCCAGAUGCGCUUCAUCUCUGACUUCUCUAUGUCCUACGAGGGCUUCAACAUCACAUUUUCAGAGUACGAUCUGGAGCCGUGUGAGGACCCUGGUGUUCCAGCCUACAGCAGGAGGGUGGGCUUUCAAUUUGGAGUAGGGGACUCGCUGAUGUUUACCUGUUUUUCGGGUUACCGGCUGGAAGGCGAGAGCAGGAUCACGUGUCUGGGAGGUGGCCGGCGCGUUUGGAGCGCAGCCUUGCCUAGGUGUGUGGCCGAGUGUGGUGCCUCUUCUGAAGGCAGUGAGGGGGUUCUUCUGUCUCCCAACUACCCAUCCAGCUAUGACAACAACCAUGAAUGCAUCUACCGGAUCCAGACUGACAAUGGCAAAGGGAUCAAGCUAACGGCCAUUACUUUUCAGCUCAUUGAUGGAGAUUUCCUCCAGGUUUAUGAUGGUCAAGACAGUACAUCAAGACUUUUGGGCAAUUUUACGAGGAGUGAAAUGUCCAAUAUCAUCAUGAACAGCACGUCCAACCACCUGUGGAUUGAGUUUAAUAGUAAUGGAACUGGAGUCAACAAAGGCUUCAAACUCAUAUACACAAGCUUUGACCUUGUGAAAUGUGAAGAACCAGGGACUCCUAAUUAUGGCUACAAGAUCCAGGAUGACGGACAUUUUGCCAAUACGUUUGUUCUGUACAGCUGUAAUCCUGGAUACACUCUGCAUGGCAGCAGCACACUGACCUGUCUGAGUGGGGACCGCCGUGUUUGGGACAAACCAUUGCCAACCUGUGUCGCUGAGUGUGGAGGCCACAUCAGCGGUGCCACAUCUGGUCGAAUCCUGUCCCCAGGCUACCCCGCGCCAUAUGACAACAACCUCCACUGCACUUGGUCCAUUGAGGAAGACAUUGGAAAAACCAUCAGCCUUCACUUCAUCGUCUUCGACACAGAGGUGGACCACGACAUCCUGAAGGUGUGGGAUGGCCCAGCCGAGAACGGCAUUCUUCUGAAGGAGUGGAGCGGCUCACUCCUACCCGAGGACACUCACAGCACCUUUAACAUCCUCACGCUUCACUUCGACAGCGACUACUUCAUCAGCAAAUCUGGCUUUUCCAUUCAGUUUUCCACUACCACGGCUUCGACUUGCAACGACCCAGGCAUCCCACAAAACGGCACCCGAUAUGGGGACAGCAGAGAGCCAGGCGAUACCAUUUCCUUUCAAUGUGACCCCGGCUAUCAAGUUCAAGGGGUGUCUGAAAUUACCUGUGUUCAACUCGACAACCGCUACUUCUGGCAGCCUGACCCACCUACAUGCAUAGCUACCUGUGGAGGCAAUGUGACAGGACCUGCUGGGGUAAUUCUAUCACCGAACUACCCUCAGCCCUACCCGCCGGGAAAAGAGUGUGACUGGAGAAUAAAAGUCAACCCGGACUUUGUCAUUGCUCUAGUUUUUAAAAGCUUUAACAUGGAGCCAAGCUAUGACUUCCUGCAUGUCUAUGAGGGUGAAGACUCCAACGGCCGCCUGAUCAGCAGUCUGCAGGGUAAUCAGGCACCGGAGCGUAUUGAGAGCAGCGGAAAUAGCCUUUUCCUGGCCUUCCGCAGUGACGCCUCACUCGGCAUGUCUGGCUUUGCUAUCGAGUACAAAGAAAAACCAAGGGAAGCAUGCUUCGACCCUGGAAGCAUCAUGAAUGGUUCUCGGCUUGGAUUGGACUACAAACUUGGGUCCACAGUGACAUAUGAGUGUGACUCCGGAUAUAACACUGUGGGUCCAGCUACUCUAACCUGCAUUAUUGGAGCUGAUGGGAAACCUGUGUGGGAUAAACCUCUCCCCACAUGUAAAGCUCCUUGCGGUGGUCAGUACACAGGAUCGGAAGGAGUAGUCCUGUCUCCAAACUAUCCUCAUAAUUACACUACAGGCCAAACGUGCUUGUACUACAUUACAGUCUCUAGAGAAUUUGUGGUCUUUGGGCAGUUUGCCUACUUCCAGACAGCUAUGAAUGACUCGGUUGAACUCUUUGAUGGACCAAACCAAAAUGCCAGGCUGCUGAGCUCUCUGGCCGGCUCACAUUCUGGCGAGACCUUGCCCUUGGCCACUUCCAACCAGAUUAUGCUGAGGUUCACCGCCAAGAGUGGCCCUUCCACCAGGGGAUUCCAUUUUGUUUACCAAGCUGUUCCACGCACCAGUGACACGCAAUGCAGUUCCAUUCCGGAGCCCAGAUAUGGCAGACGGAUCGGCUCUGAAUUCUCGGCCGGCUCUAUUGUUCGCUUCGAGUGCAACCCAGGAUACCUGCUUCAGGGAUCUAAAGCUAUUAAGUGCCAUGCUGUCCCAAAUGCACUGGCACAAUGGAACGACACUGUUCCCACUUGCAUAGUUCCAUGCAGCAGGAACAUGACGGAGAGGAGAGGCACCAUCCUCUCCCCCGGAUUCCCUGAGCCCUAUGGGAACAGUCUGAACUGCGUUUGGAAAAUCAGCGUUACAGAAGGAGCUGGUAUUCAGAUUCAAGUCAUGAGCUUCGCCACAGAACAUAACUGGGAUUCUUUAGAGAUCUACGAUGGUGGUGAUAUGACGGCUCCAAAGCUCGGCAGUUUCUCAGGUACGACAGCACCAGCCUUGUUGAACAGUACCUCUAACCAACUCUACCUGCAUUUUCAUACUGAUAUCAGUGUGGUAGCUGCUGGAUUUCACCUGGAGUACAAAACUGUGGGUUUGACCACGUGUCCAGAGCCAUUUGUCUCAGCCAACGCUAUUAAGACUGGAGAUCGGUACAUGGUGAACGAGGUGGUGUCGUUCAGCUGUGAGCCAGGAUAUGUGCUGCAGGGUCAUUCUCACAUCACAUGUAUGCCUGGGACUGUACGCCGCUGGAACUAUCCAUCUCCACUGUGUAUUGCCAAGUGUGGAGGGACGCUUCACGAUAUGAACAAUGUGAUCCUGAGCCCUGGAUUCCCCGGCAACUAUCCUGGCAACCUGGACUGCACUUGGAGGAUCCUCCUGCCUGUUGGAUAUGGAGCACACAUCCAGUUUCUUAACCUUACGACAGAGGAUAAUCACGACUUCCUGGAGGUUCGAAACGGACCCCAGCAUAGCAGUGCACUGAUUGGCCAGUACAGCGGCAGUGAACUUCCAGCUCCUCUUCUAAGCACGACCCAUGAGACGGUCAUCCACUUCUACAGUGAUCACUCGCAGAACCGCCAGGGCUUCAAACUAGCCUACCAAGCAUAUCAGCUACAGAAUUGUCAAGACCCAUAUCCAUUUCACAAUGGCUACAUCGUCCACAACGACUUCAACGCAGGACAGUCCAUAACGUUCGAGUGCUUACCUGGAUAUGUAUUGAUUGGUCAUUCAGUGUUAACCUGCCAGCACGGAACGAACCGGAAAUGGGACCACACAUUUCCACGCUGUGAAGCACCCUGUGGCUACAAUGUGACGGCUCCCAACGGUACAAUUUUCUCGCCUGGGUACCCCAAUGAGUAUCCGGACUCGCAGGACUGCAUGUGGCUUAUCACAGUGCCACAUGGCCAUGGCGUGUACAUAAACUUUACGCUGCUGCAGACCGAGCCUGUCACUGACUACAUCGCAGUAUGGGACGGACCAGAGCAAAGCAGCCCACAACUUGGUAUCUUCAGUGGCAAUACAGCCCUUGAGUCAGCCUACAGUUCUUUCAAUCAGGUUCUUAUCAAGUUCCACAGCGACUUCUCCACCAGCGGAUUUUUUGUCCUCAAUUUCCAUGCUUAUCGUCUCAAGAAAUGUCCUCCUCCCCUGGCUGUGGAGGAAGCAGAAAUAUUAUAUGAAGAUGGGGACUACGAAAUAGGUGACAUUGUGAAGUAUCAGUGUUUUUCUGGUUUCACUUUGGUCGGGAAUGACGAGCUGACCUGCAAGCUUAACUCCCACCUGCAGUUUGAGGGUCCUCCCCCGGUGUGUGAAGCUCAGUGUCCUGCAAACGAAGAGCUCUCGUUUUCCUCUGGAGUGAUUCUAAGUCCGGGGUUUCCAAAAAAUUACCCAAACUCUCAGACCUGCUCCUGGAUCAUCAGAGUGCAGCCCUCUUUCACCAUUUCAAUUUAUGUGGAGUUGUUUCAGAGCGAGAAGCAGUUUGACGAGCUGGAGAUAUUUGAUGGACCUUCUGGCCAGAGUCCAUUGUUGGUGGCACUUAGUGGAAACCACUCAACACAGCUAAACUUCACAAGCAAAACCAACCAGCUCUAUCUUAGAUGGUCAACAGAUCAUGCCACCAACAAGAAGGGGUUUAAAAUUCGCUACACAGCGGCGUAUUGCAGUGUGGGUAGCCACCCCAAGAAUGGUGGAAUUUCCAACAGGACCAGAGAGCGACCAGGCAGCAAGAUUCACUACUACUGUAAUGCAGGCUAUAGACUUGUGGGUCAGCGCAAUGCUACAUGCAGACUUCAUCCAAAUGGUCUUUACCAGUGGGAUGCCCCACCUCCACUUUGUCAAGCCAUAUCAUGUGGCAUUCCUGAAAGCCCAGGCAAUGGCUCCUUCCAUGGGCUCCAGUACACUGUGGGCAGCAUGGUGCGGUACGAAUGUGAGGAGGGAUAUCGGGCCGAGGAUACCGCUCUAAUGACUGCUACUUGUCUGGAGAACGGCACCUGGAGCAACGCGGCUCGUCCUAUACGCUGCUUACCGAUCCAGUGUUCCAGCAUCGAGAGCAUGCUCUCAGAGAACAUGGUGUGGCGUCUAAUCUCAGGCUCACUGAAUGAACUUGCUGCUCAGAUAAUGCUAAGCUGCACUCCUGGCUACUACUUGGGGGGCCGAAGGACUCUCAAGUGCUUAGCGAACGCAACCUGGGACGGACUGGAGGAGAAGCUGGCUUGCAAGAUUAUCUCCUGUGGGGAGUUGGCUUCACCUCCUAAUGGUAAGAAGAUGGGCACGCUGACCACCUUUGGUGCCACUGCCAUCUUCAUGUGCAACACAGGCUACACGCUAGUGGGCUCCCACGUCAGGGAGUGUCAAGCCAAUGGCCUCUGGAGUGGAGUGGAGACGAAAUGUCUGGCUGGGCACUGUGACUCACCUGAUCCCAUCACCAAUGGCCAUAUCAGUGGUGACGGCUCCAGCUACAGAGAUACAGUGGUGUACCAGUGCAAUCUGGGAUUUCGUCUCAUUGGGACCUCGGUGCGCAUUUGUCAGCAGGACCACAGGUGGUCAGGAUCUGCACCAGUCUGUGUUCCCAUUACAUGUGGACAUCCUGGUAACCCUGCUAAUGGUCGGACAAAUGGGAGUGAGUUCAACCUCAAUGACUUGGUAAACUUCACAUGUAACACAGGCUACGUGCUGCAUGGAACAUCACGAGCCCAGUGCAGAAUGAAUGGCCUGUGGAGCAACCCACUCCCAGUCUGCAAAGUGGUAAACUGCACUGAUCCAGGCUUUGUGGAGAAUGCUGUCCGCCACUCUUCACAUCGCUAUCCUGAAAGCUUCAGCUACCAACACAGCGUGAUGUAUCACUGCAAGAGGGGUUUCUAUCUGCUUGGCUCAUCUGUGCUCACCUGCCAGUCAAACGGCCAGUGGGACAGAUCACUUUCUAAGUGCCUUACUAUAUCCUGCGGUGAUCCAGGCACUCCACCCUUUGCCAUCCUCUCAGGGAGGAGGUUUACCACUGAUGCAGUAGUGCAUUACUCCUGCAGCCAGGGUCGAAGGCUGAUAGGCAAUGCUACGCUCUAUUGCCAAGAGGACGGGCACUGGAGUGGCUCGGCACCCUACUGCUCAGGUGGUAGUGCAGGUUUUUGUGGCGACCCGGGCAUCCCGCCACAUGGCUCACGUCUGGGAGAGGAGUUUCGUGUCAGGAGCCUUCUGCGCUUCACUUGUGAGGCAGGAUACACAUUGAUAGGCUCCUCCGAGCGCACCUGCCUGCAGAAUGGCUCAUGGAGUGGCAUCCAGCCCAUGUGUGAGGCUGUGUCCUGUGGGAAUCCUGGAACUCCAGCCUAUGCUAAAAUUGUCUUCAGUGAUGGAAUGCUCUUCUCCAGUUCAGUAUCCUACGCCUGCUGGGAGGGCUACAAGACCACCGGCCUCACAACACGCCACUGCACCACCAAUGGCACGUGGACUGGCUCCUCUCCAGACUGUACAGUUGUUAGCUGUGGAGAUCCUGGUCCCAUCGCCAAUGGCAUUUACAUAGGGAAUGAGUUCACCUUUAAUAAGACAGUUCAUUAUCGCUGUAACCCUGGCUACAUCAUGGAGCCUCUGAGCUGGGACACUCUUCGCUGCUCUAAAGAUGGCAUGUGGAAUCAGACCAAGCCAACCUGUAAAGUAAUCAUGUGUGGCCAGCCUCCAGCCAUCCGCUAUGGGAAAGUGGAGGGCUCUGACCUGCAGUGGGGUUCUAGUGUUGCCUACAGCUGUUUUAAUGGGUAUCAGUUAUCCUCUUCUGGAAUAGCCACAUGUGAGGGGAAUGGAACAUGGCGUGGUGAAAUCCCUCAGUGCCUACCGGUGUUAUGUGGGGACCCUGGCACUCCUGCAGAGGGCUACAGAGAGGGAAAUCAGUUUACCUACAAGUCUGAAGUGUCUUUUUACUGCCGCCCAUCCUACCUGCUAGUUGGCUCCUCCAGGAGAGUGUGCCAAGAAGAUGGUUUAUGGAGUGGAACCCGACCCUCCUGCAUUGAUCCAGCAUACAAUGCGUGUAAAGAUCCAGAAACGCCUGCGUAUGGAAUCCCACCGCAGACUCAGGGAUUUGAGGUGGGAAGUAAAGUUUUCUUCAGGUGUCGAAAAAAUUACCACAUUCUUGGGUCUACUACCAGAACAUGCCUGGAAAAUCUGACCUGGAGCGGCAUGCAGCCUGAAUGUGUUGCUCAUGCUUGCCGACAGCCAGAGACACCAACUCACGUGGAUGUGAGGGCCAUUGACCUGCCUACACUAGGCUACACGCUUAUGUACAUGUGUCAGGAUGGCUUCUUUCUGGCCGGGGGAUCUGAGCACAGGACAUGCAGGCCAGAUGGGCGGUGGUCAGGAAAGCCUCCUCUCUGCAAAGUUGGACCAAAAAUAAACCCCAAAUCAAAGGGGGACCCGGAUAUACAGAAAAACAAGAUUCGAGUUCCAGCAGAUGUGUUUUCUUUAAAUUCUGGCUGGACAGGAUUCUAUGAGUACCUUGGCAAAAGGCAGACUGCCACAAUCACGGUCAAUGCCUUCAAUGCCACAACAAGCAGAGUCAAUGUUACUCUUUUGGAACAAAGUGGGGUGCAGAUCAAACUCUCAGGCACUUACAAGAAAGAGGAAAAUCACCUACUACUGAAAGUCUACCUGAUACAAGGCCCAAGAGAACAGUACUUCUCUAAAUUCAAAAAUGACAACUGGGCAAUGGAUGGCUAUGUGACAGCUGAGUCUGAAAGGAAAAUGUUUGUUUACCAAGGACAUAUCCACAAUAAGGACUUUGGCAAGUUUCAGCUGACAAGACAAGGUCUUGUCACGACAGAUCUGGAUCCCUCUAAUCCAUACUAUGGCACGAACAGCAGCUCAGUGGCAGCUGCCAUAUUAGUCCCGUUCUUUGCUCUCAUUUUAUCAGGGUUUGCCUUUUACCUCUACAAGCACAGGGCACUAUCACAAGAGACAGAUGACAGUGAGAGACCCAAAGACGUAAUCAGGGCCGGCUCCAGAACGAGACCAAAAGUCCAAUACAAUGGCUAUGCAGGGCACGAGAACACAAAUGGCCAGGCAUCGUUCGAGAACCCCAUGUACGACACCAACAUGAAGCCAACUGAGGCCAAAGCUGUGAGGUUCGACACGACACUCAACACGGUGUGCACAGUGGUAUAGCCUUGGUUAACGGCUCCAGGAGUUGGGAACCACAUGCCAGCUUCUUCUUGACCGAGCGCACUUUGUUAGGGACGUGAACUUCUCUUUACUGCUGAUGAUUUCAGAUAAAAAUCAGUGACGGCUUUUUAAAAGCCACCAAAAGGAAAAGACUGACAAAUAUCAAAGAAACAAAUCUUUUGUAUGAAACAAUGAUUGCGUGCUGUACAGGAUCGGGAUGAGAAAUUGCAAUGUUUCUCUAAGCAAGGAACAGCACCACUAACAGCACACAUAGAGUGAACGUUGUUUUUUUUUUUUUUUAUCUUUUUUUUCCCUCCAAGCCUCCCUUUUUCAUGUCUCUUACCCCUAACAAAUCAAAUGGUGAAGUGUCUGUAAAGGCCACAAAGUUGCUGGAAAAAAGUAAUUUCUUCAGUGAAGACAAAUGAGAACUAUGAAUAAGACUGGACUUGUGGCACAGUUCACUUCACUGGACACUUCCAAAAAGGAGACGAAGGCUUAAAGCUACGGCACUCAUUGGAAAAUGAAAUCUCUUUGUUCUUGAUGGAACUGUUAACUGCCGUGUGGGGGGAAAUAAAUCUAUUAUCGCACAAAUUUUGCACUAGUAUGAAAAGUAUGUGAAAUGGGAUUUAUGGAAUAAACAGAAAAAAUAUAUUGAUAUAUACAGGGUUACUGACCAUUUGUAUAUACACAUGUAAUUCCAUAUCCAUAGGGAGCAUGAUGUCAUGCUUUGUCUAUUACGAGAAAGUCUGACUCUAUUUUCUAAAUUAGCU